CAGGUAGACAUGGCGGGUAUUAGCUUACGUGAAUGACGGCAAAAAGUGAUAUUGUCUUUCGAAGAGUGUUUCGUGGGUGAUUUCGUGGCGUGAGAAUAGAAUAAAAAAAAAAUUGGUGGCAUAUGAUUCAUCCGACAGGUAAAAAUGCAGAAUGUAACAACUGCGGAUAGUAACCAGAAACAUAAAACACAGAACGAGAAAGCAUUGAGUGUUCACCACGACAUUGGGAAGACGUCGUCAACUCCCCAAUCUUCCAUCUCCAGUCCAACAAAGUCGAACGAGACUUUCUCGGAAUUGCAACCCCGCUUUAUGACAGAUUCGUCCGAGAGUGAGGAGGAUAGUGUUUCGGAGGUGGAGUGUUUUGCAAUAGAUCAAGCAGAAUUAGAAGAAGAUAAUCAUCCGGAGAGUUCAAAGUUUUUACUUGCUCCUGAAGAUCCUGAACGAUCAGUGGAUCCUGAGACACAAGCGCGUUUAGAGGCACUUCUCGAGGCAGCCGGAAUUGGAAAAUUGUCAUCCGGUGAUGGAAAGCAUUUGGCCGAUCACGAGGUAUUACGUCGACUGACAUCUAGUGUUUCUUGUGCAUUAGACGAAGCGGCAGCGGCAUUAACUCGUAUGAGAAGCGACAACCCCCGCAGUCAAAACGAGAAACGCUCUCUGGUUGAAGCUUGCACUGACGGAGACGUUGGCACUGUUAAAAAGCUCUUGACUGAGGGUCGAAGUGUUCACGAAACAACGGAAGAGGGAGAAAGUUUACUCUCUCUCGCCUGUUCCGCUGGAUAUUACGAACUUGCACAGGUAUUACUAGCAAUGAGUGCGAACGUUGAAGAUCGUGGCAUCAAGGGGGAUUGCACCCCUUUGAUGGAAGCUGCCAGCGCAGGCCAUGCGGAUAUAGUGAGAUUACUUAUAGCUCAUGGGGCAGAUGUCAAUGCUCAAUCAACAUCAGGCAACACACCUCUGAUGUACGCUUGCGCUGGCGGCCAUGAAGAAGUCGUGAGAGCACUACUUGAGGCAGGUGCGAAUGUCGAGGAUCAUAAUGAAAAUGGUCAUACACCUUUGAUGGAAGCGGCCAGUGCGGGUCAUGUCCCAGUUGCCAAGAUCUUGUUGGAACAUGGAGCAGGCAUUAAUACUCAUUCGAAUGAAUUCAAAGAGUCCGCGUUGACACUGGCUUGUUAUAAAGGGCAUUUAGACAUGGUUCGAUUCUUACUUGAUGCAGGCGCUGAUCAGGAACACAAAACUGAUGAAAUGCACACUGCUCUCAUGGAAGCUUCGAUGGAUGGUCACGUAGAAGUAGCACGACUACUGCUGGAUUCGGGCGCACAGGUGAACAUGCCGACUGACAGCUUCGAAUCUCCCCUGACCCUGGCAGCGUGCGGGGGUCACGUGGACCUGGCGAUGCUUUUGAUUGAAAGAGGAGCGAAUAUCGAGGAAGUCAAUGAUGAAGGGUACACGCCUCUGAUGGAAGCUGCGCGGGAAGGACAUGAAGAAAUGGUAGCCUUGCUUCUAAGUCAAGGUAAUAGUGCAAGAUCGCUAAUUAACACACAAACGGAAGAGACGCAAGAAACUGCCCUCACGCUGGCUUGUUGCGGUGGAUUUCUGGAGGUCGCUGACUUCCUCAUAAAAGCUGGCGCCGACAUUGAGUUGGGAGCGUCAACGCCGCUAAUGGAGGCCGCUCAGGAGGGGCAUUUGGAUCUAGUUCGUUAUUUACUUGAGUCGGGAGCUGAUGUUCAUGCCCAAACGCAGACUGGUGACACUGCACUUACUUAUGCCUGUGAAAAUGGUCACACCGAUGUAGCUGAUCUUCUUCUACAAUUUGGCGCAGAUAUGGAACAUGAAUCUGAAGGCGGUAGAACACCGUUAAUGAAAGCCUGUCGAGCUGGCCAUCUUUGUACCGUACAAUUCCUUAUAUCCAAAAGAGCUGACGUUAAUCGUCAAACUACAAACAAUGACCACACUCCCCUGUCUUUGGCCUGUGCCGGUGGACAUUUAGCAGUUGUGGAAUUAUUGCUUGCACAAUCUGCUGAUCCAUUCCACAAAUUAAAGGACAAUUCAACAAUGCUGAUAGAAGCUGCUAAAGGCGGCCACACAAAUGUCGUACAGUUGCUACUGGAUUAUCCUCACAGCAUCAUGAUGACAACACCUCAUUGUAACGCUGGACCAAAUAUGCUGAUGCAGCAGCAGCAACAACAACAACAGCAGCAGCAACAACAGCAACAGCAGCAAUUGCAACAGCAACUGCAGAGUGUUUCGCAUCAGCAGCAAGUGCCCCUUCAACAGCCACCCUCAACUCAACAGCAACAGCAGCAGCAACAAGCCUCCGAACAAACGCAAACUCAAAAUAUUCAACCAAAACACAACACGCAAAAGUCUCUAUUGAGAAAGAAUCGAUCUGUCACCAUGAUGCCGGACAUGAGUCUUACAUCGGCUGAAGCGCAGCAGGUUCGCACUCAACCCGCAGGCGAGUCCGUUGCGCCCACCAAGGAUGAUACCAACAUUCUAGACAAGGGAAGUGGAGGCUUCGCUGCUCUAUGCGAACCCAACAUUAGCCUUAGUCCAGCUCCCACUUCAACCAUAACACCCACCACUUCUGAUUGCCGAAAAACCACCACCUGCACUCGUCAAGAACAAAUUCUUCACAAGCAACAAAUUGUAGAUGAGGAGAUGCAGGUAUUGCAGAGGUUAGAACGAGAACUUCAGAGAAAAGGAGCAAGCCACUUGUUUAAUUUAAAUAAUUCCGGUGCGACUGCAGAAUCAAUUGCAGGGUCACAACCUAUGCAGCAAUCUCUUCAACAACAACAGCUGCAGCAGCAGGACAGUGUUGAUUCAAAAUCAUUAUUAACCAGCACGCUUAACAUUGAUUUACCUGCCCAAGCAAAUGCUUCUGCUCAUGGCGGUGUGCCGGGACUAUUCCAAACGCCGGAGAAUAAUAGACAUCUGAUUGGUUUCUACGAUGGCUACAUAAGCGGACUGGAAUCGGCAAAGAAGAGACUUAUGAAGGAGGGAAUGCAAGAUGGACAACAGCCAUUGUCACUGACAUCUUCUCUGGCUGACACUUUUCCUGCGGCAAAUAAUUUUGCCACUUCGCCUCCCAUGUCUCUUGCCAGCGUGCCUGUGAGCGCGACCACCGCUCUAAUCACUCCCAGUGCAUCGGCAACAACCACUCCAACAUCUCCGAUCAUCUCGAGUCCUCCGGCCGCCGUGACAAUCUCCCAGCCCAUCACAGCCAGUAGCGACGUCAGUCAGAACACCGCCAUUAGCGAUCGUCCAAAAGCAAAGCCCGUUUCUAAAAAGGAGGGCAAAAACAUUCGAAAAGUUGGCAACACCCUGAGCGCAAAAUUGCAGCAGCAACAGGCGACUCUCAUGGCUGGCUUGCAACAGCAGUACCAACAGAAACAACGUCAACACACCUAUCAAGUUCAGCAGGUUCAUCAGCUUCAGCAGCUCAAUCAACAACUGCAGUUGCAACUCGAUCAAGUACAACAACCACCGCAAGAGAAUCUUGGAGAACACAUGGACUCGGAAAUUGCGAGACUGCAUAGAGAUGGAUCGUGUCCAUUUUUUUCUGCUCCGAAAACGCAAAAAUCCCUUGGUGUCGAGGAUGGUAUUUUCAAAUUGGAUGAUGGUACACAGAUUCCUAUUGAGGAUGCCGUCGAUAUCAUAAGAUCGAUUAGCUUGGAUGAAGCGUCAAAUGCAGCAGCAGCAGCAGUGGCAGGAGCGGACGACCCGUCGAAGCUUGACAUGAAGAAGUUGGAAAUUUCGGGAAAGAGUCAACAACAACUCGGGCAGGUUGUGUCGCAAUCCAACAACCUUCACCCCUCUCGUGAUUAUUUCACAGCUCCAGUACCGUCAGUACCUUCCGUACCAACCGUUCCAUCGGCGAGUAUGCCGCUUUCGUCCCUGCAAGUGACAACGGCAGGAGUCCAGAUACAAGCCGACGUGUCCACGGGGUUGCAGAUCACACCCACGCAGCCCAUCCCUAGAAGCGUGAUCAGUGCCUUCGAGGCCGGUCUCAAUUUAGGAAUGCAGACGUGCAUCAGCGAGGAGAACUUCCAGUCCUCAUUGCUCUUGCAAUCUCAGCUGACAUUUCCAGCGCAAGCAUUGCCUGCAGUUUCUGGAACAACUGCCAUUGUCGACAGUUCACCACAGGUUGGCAAUAAUGCCGUUCAAUCAACAGCCUGCAACAUCAAUCAGGUUCAAGUGUCAACGCAAACUCAAACGCCAUCUUCGUCCGCAACUUCCACUGCAGUUGGGCCCGACAGGAAACAAGUUUACACAGCUCCCGCUGCCAAUAAGGGGAAGAAGGGUCGAUAUCCACUUAUCUCUCAACAGCAAAACGCUGCCACUUCUCAGCAACAGUCCGCUAAUUUCCCCGUUCAAACCUUCCAAUUGGAUCCAACAGCUGUUGCUGGACAAUAUACUACUGGUGUUCCAACUGUUGGAGGCUACACAGCGAAUCAAGUACCACCAGCGCCAUUUUCCUGCAUGGACGUGGAUUCUGAAACGGACAGUAAUCACGACACUGCUCUGACUUUGGCUUGUGCCGGUGGACACGAAGAUCUCGUUGAACUGUUGUUAAGUCGAGGAGCUGAUAUCGAGCAUCGCGACAAGAAAGGGUUUACACCAUUGAUAUUAGCAGCAACCGCCGGUCAUCAAAAGGUUGUCGAGAUUCUCCUGAAUCACGGGGCGGAAAUUGAAGCCCAGUCCGAACGAACAAAAGACACGCCAUUGUCGCUUGCCUGCAGUGGAGGCAGAUACGAAGUAGUCGAACUCUUGCUGAAUCGCGCUGCCAAUAAGGAGCACCGCAACGUUUCCGACUACACUCCACUUAGUCUCGCGGCGUCCGGUGGCUAUGUUAAUAUCAUCAAACUACUUCUCAGUCACGGCGCCGAGAUCAACUCCCGAACAGGCUCAAAACUGGGCAUUUCUCCACUCAUGCUCGCCGCUAUGAAUGGCCAUACAGCUGCUGUUAAAUUGCUUCUUGACAUGGGAAGUGAUAUCAAUGCUCAAAUUGAAACCAACAGAAACACGGCAUUGACUCUUGCCUGCUUUCAAGGAAGACACGAAGUUGUCAGUCUUUUACUCGAUCGCAAGGCAAACGUCGAGCACCGAGCUAAGACUGGAUUAACUCCCCUGAUGGAAGCUGCGAGCGGUGGUUAUGUCGAAGUGGGCAGAGUUUUGCUGAAUAAAGGAGCCGAUGUGAAUGCCACACCUGUUCCUUCUUCACGCGACACUGCUUUGACAAUAGCCGCUGACAAGGGCCACUGUCGAUUCGUCGAAUUACUCUUAUCUAAGGGCACUCAAGUCGAGGUGAAGAAUAAGAAAGGAAACAGUCCUUUGUGGCUCGCUGCGAAUGGUGGACAUCUCAAUGUAGUGGACUUACUUUAUCAUGCUGGCGCAGACAUUGAUUCACAAGAUAAUCGAAAGGUUUCAUGUCUAAUGGCCGCCUUCCGAAAGGGACAUAUAAAAGUAGUGAAAUGGAUGGUUAGUCAUGUGACACAAUUCCCCAGUGAUCAAGAAAUGACGAGGUACAUUGCGACUGUCAAUGACAAGGAGUUGCUGGAGAAAUGUCAAGAGUGUGUGAAAAUAAUUCGCGCGGCGAAAGAGACCCAAGCAGCGAAGGCGAAUAAGAAUGCGACAAUACUUUUGGAGGAACUCGAUAUGGAGAAGACGAGAGAGGAGUCGAAGAAAGCGGCAGCGGCACGCAGAAGAGAGAGGAAAAAGAAGAAGAAACUCGAGAAGAAGGAAGAGAAGCGAAAACUGCACGAGGAGAAUAAGAAAAAUGAAACCAUUUUCGAGGAUAAAGAGGAUAAUGGGAAGAAGUCUGGCGACGAAGAUGGAGACCGAGGAGAAGACAGCGAGCACGAGGAAGCUGACAACAACGAAAGAAUGGAUAAUGUACCUUCGCCGAUAAACAGGAGUCCCGAGGAUCCCGACAAGGAAGAGGGUGACAGUGGAAUCGAUGCCAACAGUCAGGGAAGCUGUAGCAGCAACGAUGUGAAAGCGAGGGAGAAGAAGAAGGAAAAGAAGAAGAAGAAGAGUAGUAGUCCCAGUGUUAAUGAGAAAGACACUUCACCGCACCGACCACCAAAAACUGUUUUACCCAGUAGUAGUAGUUCAAGUUUACCGCAAUCAACAAUUUCGCCGAGCAAGUCCCAAACUUCCAUUUCCGAAAAGGCAACGCUUGUUUAUUACAGACGAAAUCCGCCGACAACUGCGAGCGGAGUCACUGGACCAUCGUCGUCGUCGUCGUCGUCGUCCUCCGCCUCCAACGUCAGGUCCUCGUCGACCGUCAACGCGAACGGCUCCAAUGAUCGAAAGCUCAAAAUCCAACUGGUUUUCGAGGCGUCGAGGCAUCCUGCAGACAGGGAGGACUUCGAGGCCACCGGAAAUGAGACCUACAUGCCGGGCAAGGGCAAGAAGGUCUUCAACAACCAGUUCGAGGGAGAGGCUUUAAACACAUCCACUAAAUCGAAUUCAUCAACGAGUCCGAAACAAGGGGGGAAACGCGAAGAAGGCUGGAAGGAGGUCGUACGAAAGGGUCAGUCGGAUGAUUCCGGUAGAUUUAUGAAUUCCCCACAUAGAUCGAAAAAGAUAACGGUCCCACCAAAUGCAAUUAGUCGAGUAAUUGGUAGAGGCGGCAGUAAUAUCAAUGCCAUUAGAGGUGCAACUGGAGCACACAUAGAAGUUGAAAAGCAAAGCAAAUCUCAAGGAGAGAGGAUUAUUACCAUCAAGGGUUCGGCAGAUGCAACCAAACAAGCUCAUAGUUUAAUUACCGCUUUAAUUAAGGAUCCAGACGUGGAUAUUCAGCAAAUGCUUCCAAAAUCAAAACUUACCGUCGUUAUGUCGUCCACUUGGGACAAAACUGUUCCUCCAGUUGCCGCAACCAAAAGCAAAGUCGGUGGUGUUGUGAGCAAACCUCCUAGUCUUGUUACAAGUGCUUCGAGUUCUCAAGUGAACAAAGGUUACUCAGGAAUACCAACGUCUGGGGUCAAUCCGUUGCUUCCUCUCCGCUCAUCAUCAGCAAUCAAACUCUCUGGCGCUUUUCCCACACCUAUACCGAGGGCCACAGCACCGAGAUUAGUUGCCGCGGCGGAGAAACGAGCGCAAGCAGUGGCUGCCGCUCAAUUGUCAUCAGCGGCGGCAAACACGAAGACGACCAUGUCCUAUACGAGCGCAAUAAUGACGGCCGGACGAGCGACGAAAAUCGUCACAACCAGUACAUCGCAAACAUUUGCCGCGAAACUUUCUGAAAUCACUGCCCCGACUCAUUCAACAACCACAGUCAUGCAAUCAGCUCACAGUGCGGGGAGCAAGCAGAAGUCGUCCCAGGCCUGCACGAUGACAAUCAUGUCGUCGACCGCGCCUGCGACUCCGCAGACCUCUCCCCUCCAAUCUGUGGCCAACAGUUCGCCCAAACACUGCCGACCACUGCCGACCUUGUCCGCACCACCGACCAUGGCGUCUCACUACUCCGCCAAGACCGGCUACGCUCCCAAUUCCUCUGGCUCGACCAUGUCCACCGUCACGAAUGGAUCCGACAUGAGCGCCUCCAACUCGGUUCGCGUCACCCCUUCGCCGCCGGCCGCUCCCGCUCCGCAGGUGCAAACCAUUCAGCCACCGCAGCACCAGAUUCGCAGUUCGACUCCCGUCGCGCCGCCGAUCCAGGAGCAGCAACAGCAGCAACAGUCGAGCACUCCUCUGGAGUACUCCCUCUUCAAUGACACCUUCUCGAAAGUGGCGCAGCAGUCGAUGUGGGGCGGUCGGGAGGAAUCUCAGAAAGGAAUGAACUUUGCGACAGUCGCCGGUGGAGGUGUUUCUGUCAACACUUCGGGCGCCUCGCCGAAGUUCAUGGAGACAGCGCCGCCCCAGGUGGACGCGUCCAAGGCGCCCGGCUACAGAGGAACGUCGAUGUGCUCCCCAGUCUCGAGCAAGUCCAACAGCAGCAGCGCCGCCCCGGGGAGUGCAAUGGCCAGCGGAGUGUCGCCCUCGGGCGCGCCGAACCCCAUCCAACCGCCGCCGCACAUCCCCUACAGCGAGCACCCGCUGCCGAACAAGGCCCCGGGCAGCCUCGCAGUGGCCCGACCGAUAAUGUCCCAGCAGAACAUGGACAUCGCGCAGUUCAACCGCCCCGUCUACCAGGGCGAGAUCGCCUCUCGAAACCCGCCGCCGCACCACGUGAUGGCCUCGAGCUCCCAGGGCAUGGACGUCAACCUCUUCAAGAGCAACGCCGCCGGCUACGAGCAUCCCAACGUCAACUCCAGCCUGCUGAAGAUGGUCCCCAACGAGGGCCAACCCGCCCACACCAUCAUCUCCUUCCACCCCCACAUGCAGAGCUUCACCCAAACCAUCGCGCCCUCCGUCACGGUCAACACCACCGUCAGCAUGUCGCGCCUCAACCCCCGCGCGCCCGACUUCUCCAGCUCCCUCCACCUCAACAACAAGCCCCAAGUGACCAUGUUCAGCGCCGGGACCGGAAUCCAUCCGAACAUGUUCACCACAGUUCCAGCGCCGCCGCCGCCCACCGCGAUGCAGUCCAACAACCUGAUGCUCGGCAACUUCCCCCUCGGCAAGUACCAGGCGCCGUCGCGCGGCACGCCCUCCAGCAACGGGCAGACGCGCUGGCCCUUCGCGCCGCCGCACAACAACUACCCACCGCAUCAGGACCCCAUGAUGGGCCAGAUCGGCUUCACGAAUCACUUGGCGAACAUGUCCGGACAGCCGGGCAACAUUGACCUGAUCACGAGUCUGGAGAAUGGCGGGUCGCCGGCCAUGUCGCCGUCGUCGCCGGGACAAAUUGCUCAAGACAUGAGUCAGAUGAAAAUGGAGGAUCGCAAGGUGCCGAGACCAAUUGGCACGGAGAGGGCUUGGAAGAAUUAUUCGACUGGCAUGGGACCCGGGGGCGAUGCCGACUCCAUAAAUUGGAUGCUGAAUGAGAAAAUGGUCAGCUCUUGGACUGGCUUGAACCCGGGGAUAGACAGGCAUCAGAUGUUCCGGUCAAACACGUCAUUUAACCGCACUUCCAACAUGGACACUGAUUUGCAUCAGAUGAUGGACUCGAAUUUUCAGACUCAUUUAGAUAAUCAACAGCAAUUCCCCAACGGAAAUACAGCUGCAGUUUCCUUGAUGCCAAAUUUGUCGAUGUUGCCAGGACAAUAUACAUCCUCGGGAAUAUCGGAAAUUCAGCCCAAUGAAUCUGCUAAAAUGGAAUCUCCAGCUUGGGGAAUUUCUGACUCUGUUCAAGAUAAGCAACACCCGGGAUGGAAUAAGUGGACUCAUUGAGCUGCAAGAAAUCUUUCUGCUGAUAGAGCUUUCCUAGAGUUACAUGAACCAAGAGGGAAGAAAAGAAGACGACUAUGAAUAUGGAAUGCAAAGUAGUAGUAGUAGACGAAACUGGCCCCUUGCAAAUUCGUUGAUUUUUAACACCACGUAAAUUAAAAUACUACUUCAACACUUGAAUUCACUUACACACUCAUACACACACCCCAAUAAUACUUGUCAUUGUAGAUGAUAAGAUGGUAAAUCCUUAUUGCUAUUAUCUAUAAAUACUUACUCGAUACCGAUAUUAAGUGGAUAUGGUGCGCGGACACUACUACAAUUUAAAAAAAAAAUGAUAAAAAAAAGAAAAGAAAAAUUACGAGCACAUCUUUUGCUACGGCGAUUCUUAACCGUUGGUAGUUGCAUAGCCUCCGUCAUUCUUGAAUUAGUAAACAAAGAAGCUGAUUGAUUCGUCCUCACUGUGAACAAUCAAUCAACUUCUUUGUCUGAUUCAAUUAUUUCUUUGUGACGCGUCGCAUUUUUUCGUUUAUCUGAUUAUAAAUGUUUAUGCAACGACAUUCAAUCGAUUAACGUUCCAAAAAAACGUAAUCACAUUCGUAAUUUUUGCGAGUUAUUUAUGUUGAAAGUACAUAUUAUCUAUUAUUAUCCUCUACAGUUAUUAUAAUUAUUGAAUAUACCAAGAUUCAUGUAAAUAAGAAAUGACUGUGAAAUUUCAAUUUUUUCAAUGCCAUUAACAAAAAAAAUUAAAAUUGAAAUGUCGACCAUCCUUUCCUCUAAAAAAAAUCAUGUACCUUCCGUUUCCUUUAAAUCACACACACACACACACACACACACACACACACACACACACACACACACACACACACACACACACACACACACACACACACACACACACACACACACACACACACACACACACACACACAGACACAAAGACACAAAGACACAAAUGUUCCAAACGCUCUGAAUGGGGAAAAUAAUUUUAAAAAAAAUUUUAGAAUCUUCCGCACUGUGAAAGAAUAUCAAAAACUAUUCAGAAUGUUUGGAACGAAUAUAUAUAUAUAACUAAAUUUGAUUUAUCACUCAAUUUUAUAGGGCAUCAAAAAUCUUAUUCCAUUCUCGCAUCCUCUUUAAUCCAUUCUUCCAAAGUAAAAUUUAAAAAACUAACAAAUCCUCUAGAAUUCCCUGAGGAAACUACUACUAAAUCUUGGAGUAAAUGGCUUUUAAACUGGAGAUUGACCUCUCUUUUUGCAGAAAUGAUUGAGUUUUAAAAGGAUCUAACUGAUACACUGGGGAAAACUCAAAACGAUUUUCUUUAAACUAACGAAUAGACAUGUUUUUAGCUAGAAUUUUCUAUCGAGGUCGCAUGUGAGGACGACCAGGCUCUCUGUGGGAUAAAGAAUAACAUCAAGAAACAAAAUACAUUAAAUGAAAGAGCUAGUGAAAGUUUAAAAGUGGCCAUCGAUACCCUAAGCACAUGCAAUACCUUUAUGUAUAUCGAAAGCUAUUUGAUGAAUAAUUAUUCAUUGUUAAAAAUGGUAGUGGGCCGUCGAUACAUAAUAUAAUUAUUCUGCAUCCCUAGCGACAGUAAUAUUAUAAUAUACUAUUAUUGCUACGGUGGUAAUAUCGUUUAUGAUUAUAUUAUGGUUAUUAUUACAAGAAAAAAAAACACGUAAGUUUAGAGAAAAAAAAUGAUAUAAUAUAGAGAAUAUAUCUACUUGCAUAAAAAUCACUCUGAUCCAUGAAUGGAAUUCAGCGUGGUGAAAUAUAGAAAAUACAACAUAACUCGACAUAAUAUAUAAUAAAUAUAUAUAUAUUCGAGUGGAAAAAAAAUGAUGUUCAUUUUGAUUGAACAUUUGGGAAACUUUCUUAUUGAUGGGAGGAUUCCGGUGAGUGUUCAAUACAUUGGAACGACAAUGUCAUUGAAACUGUCCUCCAAAUGAGCCUCGAUCUAGCUCAUAAAAAUUAUAAGCGCUUUCGACCUGUAGUUUCAGGGAGCGCUUUCAUUAUUCUCGAUGAUUGUUAUAAUUUAAAGCCUAUUUUCAAAUUUGAUUUACGAUAAUAACUGCGAUAUGAUAUAUAAAACUAUUAUAUGACAUAUAACAAUAAAGCAAAUAAAUAAAUAUCUAUGUAGAAACUGAA